UUUAGAGACAGACUGGAGAGCGGAUGUCUUCUGCUGUGCGCUCCUUAUCUGUAGCUUAGAUAUGAAAUCCAUUAGUUGGUGAAAAGUCUUAGAGAGGUAUGUAUUUUUAAAUGACAAGUGAAAUGGGAGUUUACAGCCAGAGCGCUUUUCUGUAACCUGAGUUUUGGCUGAACUGCACUCUCCGGAAUCUCCUGGAUUAUUCUUAAUCAUUCUGGUGGACUGGUGUUGUUCAAGGCUUUUUAAAAAAAAAACAGUUUAUCUUCUAAGUUUGGACCAGUCUUACGGAACUCCUCUCCCCUUUUUUCUUUCUUUUUCCCCCCCAAGGUACGCCUGUGGCCGUCUGUGCGUCUCAGGACAUGUAAUCAGGUGUGCAUCUGCUGUCAUGGCCUCCACAACAGCACAUCUCCUUCCUGCCACAGUGUUCACCGUUCUGGCAGUGCUGGUCUCAUCUGAGGACCAUAAAUGGCACUUUGAUCCAACUCAAUGUCGUUAUGCCCUGGGGAUGGAGGAUGGCACCAUACCAGACUCUGACAUCACCGCCUCCAGCGCCUGGUCAGACUCCACAGAGGCCAAACAUGGAAGACUGAGCACUGGAGAAGGAGAUGGAGCGUGGUGUCCAGCAGCCCCGGUCUUCCCCAAUGAGUCGGAAUACCUCCAGAUUGACCUGCACAAACUCCACUUUUUGGCUCUGGUUGGUACCCAAGGUCGCCACGCUGAUGGGCAUGGCCAGGAGUUUGUCCGCAGUUAUCGUCUCCGUUACUCCAGAGACGGAAAGAAAUGGAUCACCUGGAAGGACCGUUGGGGACAAGAGGUGGUGUCAGGUAAUGAGAACACCUAUGAUAUUGUGCUGAAAGACCUCGGCCCUCCAAUUGUUGCCCGUAUGGUCCGGUUUUACCCCCUGGCUGACCGGGUGAUGAGUGUUUGCCUUCGGGUGGAGCUCUACGGUUGUGUGUGGAAUGAUGGACUGAACGCCUACACGGCUCCAGUGGGUCACGUCAUGAACUUACCUGGCCUCCCGGUCUAUCUAAACGACUCUACCUAUGAUGGGAGCACCGAACAGGGGAUGCAGUUUGGAGGCCUUGGCCAGCUUUGUGAUGGCGUCCUAGGAGGAGAUGACUUUAUAGAAACUACUGAGCUGCGGGUGUGGCCAGGGUACGAUUACCUUGGAUGGAGUCGGGAAGCCCUUGGGCAAGGCAGUGUGGACAUUGAGUUCCACUUUGAGAAGCCCAGGUUCUUCAACAGCAUGCAGGUACACAGUAACAACCGCCACACGCAGGGCGUGCGAGUCUUCAGCAAAGUAGAGUGUCUUUUCAAGCCUGGCCUCCUGCAGCCCUGGUCUUCUCCUGCACUCGCACUGCCUGUUCCCCUAGAAGAUCUGAAGGACCCCUCUUCACGACCCAUCUCCCUGCCGCUCGGCGGCCGGCUGGCUCAGAUCCUCCGCUGCAAAUUCUUCUUUGCAGACCGCUGGUUGCUCAUCAGCGAGAUCUCCUUCCUCUCUGAGCCGUUUGAGGAGGAUGGGACAGACCAAAAUUCUUUUCUUCACAAUCCUCCAAAGUUUCCAGAUCUUAGUUCGUCUCCUCCAGUGAACACCACCUCCUCUGCUCCCACAUGGAGUCCCAGCUCACUCAGCAGCACCUCUGGGCCGUCUGAACCCCCAAACGCCACCACCCUGGUGAUGGACACCACUGGUAACUGGACGCUGUCAGGACGUGAGUUUGCUGGCAUUACUCCGAGGGCAGGACUUCCUGUAGCCAAAGAUGAUGGAAGUAACACGGCUAUUCUGAUUGGCUGCCUGGUGGGCAUCAUUCUGCUACUGCUGGCUGUUAUAGUUGGGAUUCUUUGGAGGCAGUACUGGAAAAAGAUUUUGGGGAAGGCCCAAGGCAGUCUUUCCAGCUCCGAGCUCCGAGUCCAUCUGUCCGUCCCCUCAGACAACGUGGUCAUCAAUAACACACACAGCUACUCUAGCCGCUACCAGCGCAUACACACUUUCCCUGAUGACCGGGACCACGAUAGAGACGGAGAGGGGGAAUAUCAGGAGCCCAGCGCUCUCAUCCGGCCCAGAGACCACAGGGACAGCACCACCUUGCUGUUAAACAAUCCGGCCUAUCACGUGCUCCUACCAGAUCACAGAAAAGGCUCCAGAGCCAUAGUCGUCACCAAGGUCAACCAGGCUCCAGAAAAGAGCCUCAAUGUACCCCAGGCUUGUGGUUUGGACUUGGACCUGGAGAAGGGCUUCCCUCCAGCACACGAAGAGCCUCCUCCCUACCCUGGAUCCCCUCCUUAUCCAUCUCUGUCUCCACCGGUUUCCCCCCCACUGCCUCCCAGUGUCCCACAUUAUGCCGAAGCAGACAUUGUAAGUCUGCAGGGGGUCAGCGGCAACAACACCUACGCAGUACCUGCCCUGGCCUCUUCCAGUCCUGGAGCCGACGCCCUCCCGCUGCCGGAGCUGCCACGCCAGUGUCUCAUCUUCAAGGAGAAGCUGGGGGAGGGACAGUUUGGGGAGGUCCACCUGUGUGAAAUUGAAAACCCUCUGGACCUCCCAAUCCUGGAGUUCCCCUUUAAUGUGAGGAAAGGUCGCCCUCUUCUGGUCGCGGUGAAGAUACUGCGACCAGACGCCUCCAAAAACGCCAGGAACGACUUUCUGAAAGAGGUAAAGAUCUUGUCUCGCCUGAAAGACCCCAACAUCAUCCGGCUGAUAGGAGUGUGUGUGAGCAGUGACCCGCUCUGCAUGGUCACUGAGUACAUGGAGUGUGGAGACCUGAACCAGUAUUUGUCACAGCGUGUUCUGCUGGACAAAUCUGGGCCUUCACUCAACACCCUGACCAUCAGUUAUCCAGCUCUCAUCUCCAUGGCCAGUCAGAUUGCAUCAGGUAUGAAGUUCCUGUCCUCCCUGAACUUUGUGCACCGAGAUCUGGCCACUCGUAACUGCCUGGUCGGUGGAGAGAAGGGUGAGAGCGGAGAGGAUCGAGGCGGAGAGCGUCACAUAAAGAUAGCUGACUUUGGUAUGAGUAGAAACCUGUACGCUGGAGAUUACUACAGGAUCCAGGGCAGAGCUGUGCUGCCCAUACGGUGGAUGGCCUGGGAGUGCAUCCUCAUGGGUAAGUUCACCACAGCCAGUGAUGUGUGGGCGUUUGGUGUCACUCUGUGGGAGAUGCUGAGCGUUUGUCAGGAGCAGCCGUACUCCAACCUCACGGAUGAACAAGUCAUAGACAACGCAGGGGAGUUCUUCAGAGACCAGGGCAGACAGGUGUAUCUGAGCAAGCCUGCCAUUUGUCCUCAGGGUCUCUAUGAGCUCAUGUUGAGCUGCUGGAACAGAGACUGCAAACUCCGCCCCUCCUUCUCCUACAUCCACUCCUUCCUAACCGAGGACGCCAUGAACAUGGUCUGAUGGAGGAACGAUAGGAAGACAGUCAACUUGAGCGCUCGUGCUGAAGUGGUGUGGUGGAGGGUGUGUUCACAGGGAGGAGGGCUUUCUUGCUUUUGUAUUUUGUACUUUUUGGGUGGAUGGGGCUGAGACACCGCUGGUUCGGUUUGAAUUCCACCUCAGACCCCCAAAGACGUCUUUUAGCAGGGGGCAGUAACAUUUCAUAGUGAAUGGUGGUGGGUUUAGUAUGCAAAUGAGUUUUCACUUGUUUAGGUUUCUUUGCAGUUAAGGAGAGAUUGUGUCACUGGUGAUUCAGUGCUGUAGAGUAAACAAUGAAUUAAUCACAAUCUCAAAAAACAAUUUUGAAGUCUGAAACUUCCAGUUAAUUGUGGGUUAGCAGGUGAAUGUUCUUCCUGUCUGCAUAUCUGAACACCUGUUGCUUGCAGGUGAUACAGCACACAGGGAUUGUCUUAGUAUUUAUAGCCCAUACAGAGUAUGCACUGUAACUCAGUGAGCUUACUCCCAGCUACACCCCCUUCGGCCUACUUUUACGUCUUCGUUAUCUCAGCCCCACAUUAUUGCCCAGUGACCCAUAUCCACGGUGUUUGUGGAUAAGUAAAAGUCUGUGGCCCAGACAGCAGCAGCUCCCCUUUCUGCAAUGUGAAUACGUCAAGUCUGCCAUCUUUAACCGUAGGAACAGUUAAAGAGCAAUCUGACCUUCAUCUGUGAGAGAGAAAGACCAGACUUCUGAAACAAGAGGAAAGCGCCACAGAAGAUGAGAGUCUGCAGCUUCAAAUUAAUAAAUCAAGUUGAAUUUUUAUCCGAGAGACAAUGUUCUGGGAAUUUUUUUUGUUUUUACGCACUUCAUCGGAUGUUUUUUUUUUUUUUUUCUUUUUAAUAUUAUAUUGUACCUUUUCUGACUGUGACCCAGUCAGAGAGGAUCCAUUUAAAAUUCCACAAAUCAGCAGCACUUUACCCUACAUGCAAUUUCCAUGUCUGUGAUGAAACUUCUGUGACGUGUCUGAAUGAUGAUUCCUGAAUCUACCUACAGAUAUUCACAAAAAUGCUGCGGACAUCAUCAGGACAUGCAUGACAAACCUUUACACUCCAUUGUUUUGUGACAUAGAAAAUAAUAUGAUGAAUCGUUUUUAAAAUGUUUUCCACCUUUAAUUGGCUUUUAUCAUUUACACUUCCACUGAAAACCAAAAUAUCUGAAAGGAAAGACUUUAUAAGGCAUAAAAAGCUGUAUAACCCUGGUUGUAUAACUGCACACCCUUUAAUGUUUUUUUAAAGCACCUUUUGAGUCACUAUCUGGAUUCAGUAUUCUUGGUCGGCCUCUAUCAGAACCCCACAUCCUGGUUUGGAAAAAUGUGUCCGCUCUCCUUUGGAAAAGUUUAUUUAUCAGAUUUUGAUUUUUAAAAAUCCCUUGUCCACACUACCCUUAAAGUGACUACAUAAAUAUGUUGCCAGAUUUAGCCCUGAGUGGGCAAUUCCCAAACUUGCUUUUUCUUCCAAUAAAAUACGUUUUGAGUUAGAUGCACGCUUGGACUCACUCUGAUGUUUCUUAUCUUAACUUUGUUAGUAAACCCUGUGUUUCAAUUUAAAACUGACUUGUGAUUGUAAGUGUUUUAAAUACCUUCCAUUAAGAGAAAAGUUUCCCCACAGCAUGAUGUUGCCUCCACCGUGUUUCAGUGAUACAUUUGGUUAUAUUCAUGGAUGCUUUUUCCAGACUCACCUGGAAUUAUGGCCUCAACAUUAAAGUUUUUUACACAUAGAUGUGUUUCACACAAGGUCAAAGGAGAUUAAAAUUAUAAGAAAAUAAUACUACUAUGAGUUCAGGAAUAGAUUAUGGAAAGCAAAGUUGAUACCUCAUUAAAUUUUAUUUUUGAACUAAAUUUUCCUUCACAAGAACCUCCUGCAGCUUCUUUGUUUGGCCGCAUUGACCAGUUUGUUUCGUCUUUUCAUUGAUUUGAAAGAAACAUCCAAUGUCUAGGAUUGUAACAGUUCAUCUGAUUCAUUAUUGCUGAUUUUAAGUACACUGAAUGCUAAAAAUGAUUUAAAAGGUGCUUCUUAAAAUGUUGCAGCUUUUUUUUUUUUUUCGCUUAUUUUCCCCCAACAAAUUUAUUUUUACAAUAUAAUAACAGAAAAUGUAUGAUGUCACAAUAAGGUGGAAGACUAUCAGAAAUGGAUUUAUCAUGGUCUUAUUUUUUACGGCACAAAAACCUGGCAUGUUCACAGGUGGUGUAAAAACUUAUGAGACUUACUGUAAUCUUUAAACCCUCCACAGCUUUGCCAAACCAUUAGAUGUAAAAUAUAUCGUUUAAAAACAUGGAAUGGCGUUCUGGAUUAAAACAACAAUCUGUGUAAGGUGAGAUGUUACUGAUCGUAUAAUUUCCUUUUAUAUCACUGUAAUUUUUAUGGCAUUAUUCAAACGGGGGAUUCUGGGGAUUCCUGAUUUUUGGUUUGAAAGUGGAUCUCUGCAUUUUAUGUUUAACCUGACCAAGGUAGAACCAGUGCUUCUACCUUACUGUCUGUACAGCACUGUAAAUCAGAACUGAGAUCAUCCUGAUUGUGAAGUAACACAUGUUUAGUGAUUGUCUACGGUUGUGUCAUUUGAUUCAUUUUAAUACACUGUAGUUCAUUCGUUUAAGCAUGCUUACAAUAGAAAGUAUCUACGCUCGCUUUCAAUUUAAGGUUUUAGGUAUAAAGAGACAUUUGUUUUUGGUCCUCACCAGAUUUCUUCGUCAAAUGAACAAAAUCAUAAUAUAUCAAUAUUUAUAAUGAAGAAGCUGUGUGUAAAGUAAAAGGAGGUGAUUACCUUGUGGAACCACCUUUAGUAGCAAAAGCUUAAGAGAAAUGUUGUUGUGUAUUAGCUUAGACCAUGAAAAAAACAACACCCUAAUUAAGAGAUUCAAAAGAACAUUUUGAUCACAAAACAUUCUCAGUUUAAUCUGGGUCAUAGAAAACCACCAGCCUCGUGUUUGGGCAUCACAGAAGCAUUGUCAUCAUCCAAAUAUGGAAGUGCUUCCUGUUAAUGGUCCUGACUCAAAAUGUUUUUUCUGUUUCAGAAAAGGGUUUUAAGAGCACUUAUCCAAUUUAAAAGAGUGUAAAGUUGGACUGAUCCCUGUUUAAUGCCUGUAGACAUUUUCUUGAUCUCAAACAAGAGGAUUUAUAAUUUUGAAGUGCAUUUCAGAGAGCCACAUAGACAAGAAGACCCUCUCAAACAAUAAGAUAUAACAUGAGUUAGUCAGUUUUAGUUUUAAAAUUGCCAACUAAGUUUUUGUAUAUUUAAUAACGAAUGUUUCAGACCACUUUACUAUGACAGCAGAUAGAUUUGAUUUAUCCUAACCAGUGGUUGAUUUGACAAAUUUGGGGCCCCAAGUUAAGGCAGGCAUGGGCCCCCCAGAAAACACACAAAAAAUGUUAAUACUGAAAUGUUAACAGUUUACACAGCAGUUUUUUAUUUCCCCAAACUUUGUUCUUUUCUCCCUUUCAUCAUCGUCUUUUUUCCUUCUUCUCAAAUUUCUCUCCUAAUCUUUUUUUUUCUCCUUGUCCCUUUUCCCCCCUCUUUUUGUUAUAGCCUUUGUAUUUUCAACCUUUUGUCUUAAAUGCUGUAUUUAAGCCAACAAAAACAAGCUAAUUUCAAAGCCCACUUCAAUAUGACCAAUAAAUGCUGAUUUUUUUUAAAGCAGUGCAUCUCCAGAAUAAGGACCCUCCACAUCAGGUGUCCAGAUCAUUGUAGCCUCUGCUAGCCCCUCCCCCAGUGAGAAGCUACUCACUUUUGGUUGCUUUGAGAAAAGCUUUCUGCUUUCCUCUUUUGUCCGUUUUGAUGCUGUCUCCCUAGAUCUUUUUUGCACAUGUGCAGUAAAAUGGACUGAUCCAAUGUAAUUGAGACUCAAGAUACACUUUCUUUAAGGCAGAUUAUUUGAAUGAAAAAAAUGUAUGUGCACAAACAAGUAUAACUGUAUUAACCAUAUCUCCAUGAAGAGUUUUAUGGGGCCCUAGGCACCCGCCUAGUUUUGCCUGAUCACAGUACAUAUCGCUGCAUUGAAAGAUUCUGCCUUACAUGAUUAUUCAGCCCUUAAAAGCAGUAGUGAAGGGGUAGACAGACUCUGAUCCUUUUUCAAAUUAAACAUAGUUUGCAGUUUUCUCUCCAUGUAAGCCAAUUGUAAGAAAACAAAACAAUGUCAGUUUUUAAAACACACAUUAGCUAGAAUAUAUUUUUAAUGAUAAGCCAUAAUACUCAUAACUUAAGAGUUAUUGUGAGUCCUGUGGCUUGUCACAAGACUUUCUAUGGUCCUGUCAGACUUUGCUGUUAUUAUACGGCUGCGCUGCUUUUGCUGAUUUUUAUUUUAUUUUUUCCAAUCUGGUGCAUUAUCCUGACACAUCUCUACUGUGGUCAUUUGUUCAAGCAGCAGUUUGUUUUUUGUUUUUUCCCCCAAGUGCAAAGAUUGAACUAAGCUGCCCAUUUUCUCUGUGGCAGAAGAGAUUAACUAUGUUGAUUUCCAUCCCAUACUUAUUCUGACCACGUUUCAAAGAGCAUUCCUUGUGUUUAAUGAAGCUGUACAGUAUGAAAUAAUUUAAAUAAAAUAGAAUGAGGGAUUCAAAACUAUACUGGAUGGCUAACUAACCCUCUGAUUUGUAAAAAAA